UGCCCCGAUGGUAAAAUGUCGGCUAAACGUUGGAGCGAUGACUUCGCCUACGCUUUCUCCAUUCAUAGAAUAUUCUUGAAAAUAUACGGUCUGUGGCCAUUGCAAGAGCAGACGCUAUUCACGAAGAUACGAUACGUCUUUUGUGUUACUGCGCAGUUCAUGAUACUACCCUUUGUGACGUUGGAUCUCAUGUGGAACAAUGAGAAUGCGGGCACAGGAGGUAUAGAGAGCAUACUAUAUUUCGUGUCCACGGUGCUUGGAAUGAUAAAACAUGUGUGCAUCGCUAUCGGUCAGAAAAAACUAAGCAUAAAUCUCGAUGCUGCUAUCGAUGAUUGGUUGUCUACUAAAGAGAACGAAGAAACUCGAAAGAUUAUGAAGAAAUAUGCGGCCAGAGCCAGAAUUCUCACUCUCAUGUUGCUAUACUCGGGUGGCGGAUGUUUUAGUAUUUACAUGUCAGCGAUUGUGUUUAUAAAUCUGAAGCAGAUAUUUUUCACGGAUCCACUGAGUGCUGAUGCUAAUACAACAUAUUGGAUGCUCCUAGUCCCAUCUGGCCCAUUGGCUACCUCAAUCACUGGUUCGCAAUAUGUCAUACUCCUCAUCUUUCAAAUUGUUCAAACAUCCUUAGUAUGUUCGACGCAAUGUGUCAUAGACAGUUUUUUUUUCAACAUCACCUUGCAUCUCGCUGGCCAAGUCGAGGUGCUUAAAAACAAAUUUAAAAUUUUCGCGAAUGAUUCAAACACGGAGGCAAAUUACCGAAAGAAGUUCGUCAGCUUGGUUGAUAGGCACGGGGAGUUAAUGAAGUUCUAUCAAAAUUUAGAAGACACUUUCCACUUGCUUAUAUUAGUUCAACUCGUGAUGGUGACGAUUAUGCUUGCACUGAUAGGAUUACGUAUAAAUUUGUGCCUAAAUGAGAAAGAUCACGUCGAAGCGGCGAAGAGCAUUGUAGUCUUGAAUUACUUAUUAAUGGAAUCUUUGGUACUUACCUACGGUGGUGACUUCCUACAGAGGGAAAGUGAAGGUAUAUUUUAUGCGUUAUACGCAACUUCCUGGUUCACGCUUCCUGUAAAGCUGAUGAAGGACCUGCACUUCGCGAUGAUGAGAUCGAGCAUUCCGUUUCGUCUUACCGGUGGAAAAUUUUUCUACGUUAAUCGCGAGACAAUGAUGUACAUUCUCAAGACAGCAGCCUCGUACGUUUCCGUUUUACGAAUAGCACUAAGAGAAUCAUAAUGUUCUUCAAUUCAUAUGGGCUUCAUAUGUGUACGUGUUUGUGUGAAUGUGUGUAUGGCUGGAUUUAAAAUAUGCAGAAAACAAUAUUGUACAAAGAGUGAUACAAUGUAAAAGAUGCAAAUAUAUUUGAUU